AUGCUAUGUUUGGAUAAAGAAGAUGAAUUAAAAAUAUAUAAAAAAUUUAAUUUACACAGUUAUGAAAAUAGAAAAAAUAAUAAUUCAAAUGAUGAAAAUUUUAGAAAUGAGGAUAAAUUAAAAUAUGUAAAUAACAACCAAAAUGAUGCUAAUUUAAAAAGUAGAAAAAAUAUAAUCGAUAUAGAUAUAGGAGAUGAAAUAAUUUACACAAACACAAGCACAUGUAACUCAUUUAUAUAUGUAAUAACAAAAUUUUGUUUCUACAUUUUUGAUAAUUAUGAUUUUUCUUUUAUUAAUAUAUAUGCUUUAAAAUAUGAUCAUAUAAAUAAUUAUGGAUGCCAUAAUAAAGUAUUCUUAUCAUCAAUAGAUAAUACUAUAUAUAUCAUAAGCAAAAAUUUAAAAUAUGUGUACACUUAUUAUAUAGUUAAUAAAAAUGAUGUUGUAAUACUAGAUUAUGAUAAGAAUGCUCAUUCUUUUAAUAUUAAUGAACAUUCUGAUGGUGAUUUAAGCGAAAACGAAAAUGAAUAUUAUGAGUAUAUUACCUAUAUAAAAAACAUUUAUAGGAAAAAAAAAGUACAUAAAAAUUUAAGUAUUAAACUUAUAACAAUGUUGUAUUUACCUAUUACAUCAAAUUGUUUGAUGGUUACAAAAAACAAUAUUUUAUUUUUUUCUCAUGAAACAGAUGAAAUAUUUAUUUCAGAUAAUGUUCAAAAUAUUUUAUCUAACAGCCCUCUUUCAAAAAAUGAGAAAAAUGUUAAUAAAGUUGUUAUUAAUACAAAAAUAGUCUGUUUAAAAAAUAUAAAAUAUAAAAGAAAGAGAAAAAGAAAAAAUAAAUACAGCAACAAAAAUAAAGCAAAUAAAGAAAUUAAUUUUAUUUCCACGCAAAUUAGAAAUUCAAAUAAAAAAUUUGGAGUAAAAAAUUGUCAUAUCUAUUAUUCAUUAAAAAAAGGUAAAGUUAGAAAAUUUAUAAACAGUAAUUUCACAUAUCGAAAUGUGAUUAAGUACUGUAGUAAAAUAAAAUAUAAUAUAGCACGAAAAUGCAAAAAGAAAAAGAAAAAAAAAGAUUUUUAUCCGUUUUACUUGUAUAGUAUUAAUAAAGAAAACAAUUUAUAUUCUUUUAUUAAAAAUAAAAAUCCUGAUGAUGAAAAAAAAAAAAAAUACAAAAAUAGUAUUGCUAUAAAGGGAAUUAUAAAAGUGGAGUUUAAUGUGCAUAAUGAUUAUUUAUUAUUAUUAAGCAGUAGCAAUGAUCUAUAUAUUUUUUCCUUUUUUCAUAAUUUUUUUAAUUUUUCAAAAAAAAGAUGUUGUUAUUAUUCUGGUAAAAAUGUUCAUAAGAAAAACUACAGAAAAUAUAAUGAAAAAGUAAGACAGGAAAAUGAGUUAAAAUUUGAGGAAGAUAAAAAAAAGAAAGUUACAAAAGUAAGAACCCAGAAAAAGGAUGUGAUUGGUCUAUAUGUAGGUUCUUCUAUAAUAGAUGUAAGCCUAAAUAUUUUUAGAAAAAUCAUUUUAAUAAUAAAUAAUGAUUUAACUAUAAAAGCUUAUAGCACAUAUCCAUACAUAUGCAAGCAUACAUUUAAAAGAUGUUUAUUUAGCAUAAACAUAUUUAAUAGUAGUAAUGAUAAUAUUUACUAUUAUAAUUUUUUAAUUUGGAAUAAACAGUAUAAUUUUUUUCUUUUAUCUUUUAACGAAAAUAAUUAUUACAUUUUUAAUACAAAUGGAACACUAUAUUAUUCUAUGAAGAAUGAUUUCUGUAAACAUAAGGAAAAAAAUGAAAAUAAUAAUGAACUAAAAAAGUUUCAAAUGGAAUAUUCUAUGCAUUUUAGCACUUAUAAUCCAGAUUUCAUACAAGACAAAAAUAAUAAUUUUAUAACAAAUUCAAGAAGUCAUUCAAGUAAUAAUUUAUAUACGGAAAAUAUUAUCAAUGAUAAAAAAAAAAAAAAUCGUCUUGAUAACUUUUUACUAAAUAAUUCAAAAAUCAUUCGAAUAACAAAUAGUGUUAUGAACAUAUCAUUUGUUUUUAAUGAUUUUAAAUUAUUUUACAUAAAAAAUAUGGAUGAAAAUUAUUAUUAUAUUAAUGUAAAAAAAAUUCUUUAUUUAAAUGAUAUAUAUAGCAACAAUAAAACUUUUCAUUAUAAUAGCAAUUAUUACACAAAUCAAAAUUGUAAGAAAAUAUAUAUUGGUUUAAAUAACAUAGUUAUGUUUGAUACUAAUAUAAAUAAUUAUAAUAUAAAUGACUAUGAAAAAAAUAAUGUAAAUAUAAAAGAAAUAAUAACUCCAUUUAAAUUUAUUAAGAAGUCUUAUUUAAAUUUUAAUAACACACAUAUUUUAAUUAUUUUUAAGAGUAUAUGCAUAUAUAAUAUACAAAAAAAAAUAUUUUCUUAUUUUUUGGACGAUUAUUUAAAAUAUUUUUUUCAUAAUUAUCCAUCAGGAUGGCUAUUUGAAGACAUUUUCUUUGUUACCUGCUUGCAUAAUAAAUACGACGAAUACAAUUUUAAACAUUUCAAAAAAAAAAAUGAUUAUUAUAUUUUUAAAAAUAACGGUUCUGAUAAUAGAAAAAUAAGGAAAAAAGAAAACGUAAAUUUUAAAGUGUAUAAUAUAAAUUAUCACACAGAUGUAAACAUAGAAUACGAAGAAAAUAUUGAAAAUAAAAAUGAAGAAUAUUGUGAAUAUGAAGAUGAAGUUGAAGUUGAAGUUGAAGGUGAAGUUGAAGAUGAAAAUGAUGAAAAUAAUGUAGAGGUUCAAUCUGAAGAGGAAGAAUGUGAUUUAGAAGAAUUAAGAAUACUAAAUUAUUUAUUUAAUUUUAAUCAUAAUGAAAGUGAUACGUAUUUUAAAUUUUUUGAAGAAUAUUUUAAUAUUAAUAAAUGUAAUUUGUAUACAAAACCUUUUUCUUUAUUUUAUGAUAACUUUUUUUUAAAAAAGGAUCGUAAUGUAUUUUUAAAAACAUUUUUGGAGCAUAAGAAGGAUAAAGUAUCAAUAAAUUAUGAGGAUGAAAAGUCUUUUGAUGAAAUUAUAGGCAAUGAAAAAAUUAAAUGUUCAAAUUCUUUAUAUUAUUUAAAUAUCUUGAACAAAAAAAUUAUUAAAAGUACAGAUUUAAAUAAUAAAUUGGAUAUUAAAAAAAAUGAAAAUUUAGAUGACACUUGUUUGAAUAGUAAUAUAAAUGAUAAUUAUAAUGUGUAUGAUUUAAGUGAAAAUAGCACAUCUUCAAAUAAUGAAAGUACUUGCAGAUAUAAAAAGAAUGAAUUUAUUAAAAGAAUAAAUAAUUCUUAUAAUUAUUCAAGUGAUAUGAAAAAUAUUAAAAAAAAAAAUGAGAAGAGCAUAAAUGAAAUGACUAAGAACUAUGAAGAAAUCCUAAACAAAAAUAAUUUUUAUUAUGUUAUAUACUUUUACAAUUUGAAUAAUUCAUUAAAAUUUACCAAUUAUGUUUGCUCUAUAAGAUUAUUAUAUAGACCAAUAUUAACCCAUGUUUAUUACGAUAAAUCCUUAGAAGAAAAAAAAAAAAAUGAUGAUUUAAAUGAAAGAUUUUUAAUAGUUCUAGAUGCAUUUUAUAAUUUAUUGUGUUUUAAAAUAACUGAAAUAAAAAAUCACGUAAAAAAAUCACAAUGCUUUAAAACAGAAAAUAUUUUUAUAUUGCCAUUAAAUAAAGACAACAAUUUUUUAGAACCAUCUUGUUUUUAUUCCAUAUUUGAUAUAUAUAAUUAUGUAUUCAUAAAUUAUGAUAAUUCUAUAUAUUUUCUUCAUAUAUAUAUGGAUCAUAAUAAUUGUUAUGAUUUUCAAUUUACGCAUAUUUUUGAAAAUAAGUUAGACUAUUUAGAAGUUGUUAAAGAUAAUGAAAAUAUUUUUUAUUAUUCUCUACCAUCUCCUAUAAAAUAUAUAUGGCCAAAUCCUAUAUAUUAUAUAUAUAUGUUUUAUUAUUAUGCUACCUACAUAAUAUAUAAAAUUAAUAAAACAAAUAAAAAAUCAAACCUUCGUAAUCUUCUUUUUCCUUUUUCUUCAAAUGAAAGAAAUAAACAAAUUAACCAUGAAUUAUUAGACAAUAUAUGUAAGUUGAGAGAAAAUAAAUUAAAUUUAAAAAAAGAAAAAAAAAUGAAUAUAAAAGAUAGCGAUGAAACAAAUGUAGAAGAAAAAAUUGAAGUAUCUAUAGAAAAGAGUAACUCCGAUGUAACAGUUAAUGAAUUACUUCCUAUUGAAAAUAAUAAAAUAAGUUUAAAAGGUACAACAAAAAAUUUCCAUCACAAUGAUAAUAUAGAAUCAAGCUUUAAUUAUAAAUCAAGUAUUAGUUCAACAGAAUCAUUAUUUUCUUUUGAUCUAUUUUGUUUAAACCCAUUUAAUAAUAAUAUAAAAAAUAGUAAGUAUAAAAAAUUUGAAAAUGUUUUUAAAGAUAAAUUAAAUAAACAUUCAUUAAAUUACCAAAAUUUAAUUAAGUUGAAGAAAAAUAAUAACAAAGAAUGUGACUAUUGGAUACGCUCUAAAAAGGAAGCAUUGACUUAUAUAAAUAAUUUAAAUAGAAUUUUUGAAAUAUUUUUUUUUUGUAACGACUAUGAAGAAGAAAAUAAAAAAAAAAAGGAAAGUGUAGAAAUUGAUGAUAAAAAUAAAAUAUAUGAGCAUCAAGGUACUUUUUUAGAGAAUUUUUUUUCCUUUUUACUUCAUAAUUUUCUACGUAACCAUAAAAAAUUUCUAAAUAAAAUAAAUAAAAUAUUUAAAUAUAGUUUAUAUGAUAUUAUAGAAGAAUUAGAAAAUAAAGAAGAUACUUGCUACCUAUAUGUUAGUCGUAAUAAUUAUAUUAAUGUUAUAAGUAUUAGUAAGUGUUCAAACAAUUUUUCUCUAAUGAAGGAAUUAAAAAAUAAGAUAUUUUUUCAAAAAAGUAAUUAUAAAAAUUGUGAUUUAUUUAUUUACAGAUAUAUGAAAUUAAAAAAAUUUUCAAAUGAACAUAAUUUUUAUUUACAUCAUAUUAUUCAUAACAUGGGAUUAUUUUUAAAUAUUAUUUGCAAUCAAAUACCGAAAGAAAAUAUAAAAGAAAUAUCUCAAAAAAAAAGAGAGAAUAUAAGAAAAUAUGUAUAUUCUAAGGACAUAUCAGAAGUAAAUUUGAAUAAAACAAAUCAUUCAUGUACAUCUGUAUAUGAUAAAAUUAUUUUUCAGUUUAAUAGUUAUAUAGAUAUAAUUUUAUUUAAAUUCUUAAAAUUAUAUAGUGAUGUUUACGCUUAUAGAGGAAAUAAAUAUGAAUAUACCUUUGAUUCUCGUUCGAAAAAAAAAGAAAUGCGUUAUUUAAUCGUCAAUAUAAUAUUAAAAUAUAUUAGACAAAAUUUAUUUGUAGUAAAUAUAUUAGAUAUAAUUUUAUAUAAAUCCCUCAUUAAAUUAAAUGAUUUAUAUAUCAUAACAUAUAAACUUAUAUAUAAUUAUUUAAAUAACUUAUGUAAUACUCAUUAUUAUGAUAAAUUUAUAACAAAAGAUAGAAUGGAAAGUAUUUUGAAUAUAUCUAUAAUCGUUUUAUAUAAUUUUUUUCUGAAAAAAAAUUAUAAAAAAAAAAAUAUUGAAAUAUUAGAAAAUUCCAUUUUUUAUAGUUUAUUAAAUAGAUUUAAUAACAAAACAGUUUUAUUUUCAGAAAAUGAAGAAAUAAAUAAAAAAUUAAAGGAAGAAAUAUUUGUCUAUUCAAGUGAAAGCAAUUCAAAUCCAUUUUCUAACGACGAACCCAAAAUAAAUAUUUUAGAAAAAAAUGUAAAGAAUGAACAUAUAUAUCAUAUGAUUUUCUAUUUAUUAAGGUUAAAAGAUGAUAAUGCUACAACAAAUAAAGAAGAAAAAAGUGCAUUUGAAAUAAAAAGUGAUUAUGCAUAUAAAAUAAAUUAUAAUAUUUAUUAUAUUGUAUUAUAUAUUAUAUGCAUCUUAAAAAAAAAAUAUGUAUUCCAUUUAUAUACUCUAUUAAAAAUUCUAAAAAAAUAUUGUAAAUUUCAUGUAUCAGAGGUAGUGAUCAAUACAAUAAGAAAGAUGGAUCCAUAUAUUAGCGCUAUAUUAAUUUAUUCUAUUGGUAGAUUUAAUCCCCAUGAUUUUAUGCAGCUAUGUUUAAAAAAUGAGAGAUUUAAUAUAUCUUCUUUAUACAUUAUUAAUGUACAAAACUAUAUAGGUAUAUAUGAUGUUCGCAAAUUUUAUUGUAUAUACUUUCUUUCUAUGAGCUUAAGAUAUAAUAUAAAAUAUUCUAAAAGUUUAAUUCACUAUCUUUCUAUUUUAUUUUAUGUUUUAUUUAAAAACAAGAAAAACAAUCGUCUUUUUCACUGGAAUUAUUUUGGAUUAAAACCACCAUAUGUAAAAUCUUUAAAAAGAACAUGUAAAAAUUCAAAUAAUUUCUUACCUCUUCUUCAAUGUGCAUACAAUUUAAAUAAUAUUGAAUCAAGGGAAGUUAUUGAUAUAAAUGAUUUGCAAUUUUUUUUUGAAAAUUCUUUAAAAAGUCAUAUAUUAACAAUUAAUCAUAAAACAAAUACAAGAACUAGAAAUCAUUCAAUAAGUCAUGAUCAAUCCGAAGAAACCCGUAAUUCAGCCAAUAAUGAUAUUUAUAGUAGAGAAUUAGAUAAGUUAGAAAAGAAGAAUCGAUUCAGCUUAAACAUUAGAAGCUUCCGUUAUAAAAAGUUUAAGAUGAAUAAAAUUAUAUAUGAAUUUUUUUAUAACUAUGAUAUAAUAAAUAUUUCUAAUAAAAAUAUUGAUACAUUUUUUAAUUUGCACACAUGUAAUAACAAUGUAUUUGAUUAUUACUCUUCAAAAAAUAAAAAUGGUGAUGGGAAAUUAGAUGAUGAAAAAAAUUUUAAUUAUGAAGAAAUAAAAAAUAUUUAUAUUAAAUUUAUUAUUUUAAUUCAAAAUAUUGUGUGUCACUAUAUAUAUAAUAUGCUUUGGUUUGAAUUAUAUUAUUUUAUAACUUAUCUUAAAAUUGAUAUAUUAUCUUUUUUUUCUUAUUCGUAUUUUUUUAAAUCAAAUUUAUUUCAAAAUAUAUUUUGGGGAAUAUGCCCUAUUGAUAUAGCUCAGUAUUCUAUUAAUUUUUCAGAUUUCUAUUUUUUAAAUUUUAAUCAUAAAGAAAAAUUAACUCAAGAAAAACACAUUAAUGUAAAUAAAAAAUGUAACCAUUAUUCAGGUAACAAUAAUUCCAUGAAUAAUAAAAGUAAUUUAAAAGAACCUUAUGAAAUGAAUAAUGUGAUUAAAUUCAAUGAUAAAACAUAUGACCAACUUGAAAAUACAAGAAAUAAUAUUUAUUUUAAUAAUGUAAUUGAUGAUAAUUGUAAUAAGAUUAGUAAAUAUGACAGUGAUUAUGGUAAUGACUACAGUAGAAAUUAUGAUAUCAAAAAGAUAUUUUCUAAGGGAAAAUCUUAUAUUAAUAGUAAUUAUAGCAGUAAAGGUAGUAUUAGUGAAACAACAAAUUAUUUGUUAUUUAAGAAUAAAGAUGAUUCUAUUAAAAAUACUCUUAUUGAUGAUAAUUAUAUAGAAUACAUAAAGUAUAUGAAAAAAUUAAAACAUAUAUUUGAUAAAGUGGAGAAAGAAAAUGAAAUGAUUAAUAAAACCUUUUUCGAAAAUGAACAAACAAAUAUUUUCCUUAUUGAUAUAUAUAAAUCUUUUAAAAAUCAUUUUGAUAUUAAAUGUUGUAAAAAAACUAAUAAAAGAAAGGACAAUAUAAUAAAUUAUAACAAACAAAAAAAAAACUAUAUAAAUAAAACAAAAUUAGAAAAUAAAAAGAAAAAAUACAGGGAAAAUAUUCUUUCAUUUAAUAUUUAUAAUAAGCAUACAAGUUAUGUAUUCUUAGAAACAUAUUUCGCACCUUCUGUGUAUAAAUAUAUACCUGUAUAUAAUACAAUAAAAUAUUUGUUUUAUUUUUUUAAUAUUUGUAAUAAAAAUAGUAAUACAGUUCCAAAAAAAUAUUUAAAGUAUCAAAUUAAAAAAAGAAUAUAUGAUUAUGUUUGCAAUUCUAUAAUAGAUCUAAAAAAAAAAAUUAAAGAUAGUAAUAAAUCCCAAAGAAAUAAAACACACUCAGUUAAUGAAUUAUGCUCAUUAUAUAGAAAUGAUAUAAUAUGGUUUUUGUUAAGAAUUUUCAUUUUGUUAAAAUUACCAAUACAUGCUUUAGCUUUAAUCUUAUAUUGCAAAAAUUAUGUAUUGUUAAAUAUUUUAUUAAAUGUUUUUCCAUAUUUACAUCAUAUUUUUAAUUAUGUUUUAAAUAUGAAUGAUUCUCAUUUCUCCUAUAGGAAAAUGGAUAAUGGAAAAGUAAAAAGUUCUAAUAUAGACUACGAAGAAAGUAAAAAACACAAUUUCAUUUUAAUAAACGAACAAUUUAAUAAACAAUUUUGUGAAUACUGUUACUAUUCAAUUUUACAUUAUAAAAAGAAAAAUAUAAUUCCUUUUUCAGUUGAAGUAUUAGAAAUAAUCUAUAAAAAAAAAAUUAAUGAUAAAAGUAACAAUAUGUAUGAUCAUUAUAUGUCAUGCCAUUGUUUGAAUAAUUUAAUUUUUUUAAAAAAAAAAUUAACUUGUAUAAGAAAAAGUAUAUAA